AUGUCCGAAGCCUUCAUGUCUCAUUUCAAAGCUUUAUUCACAACAUGCUUCUUUAUCUUUUUCAACUUACCUUUACUCAUGGCCUCGCUCAGUGAAGAACCGCGAAAGUACGCCUGCACAAUCUGUGCCCGCCGUAAAGUCAAGUGCGACAAGCAGCUCCCUUGCUCCAAUUGUCGGAAAGCACAGACCCAAUGCUCAUACGAGGCACCACAGCCGCCCAAGCCCCGCAAAAGGGCUGCUGAUGAAGAUCUGCUGGCGAAGAUUGCCCAGUAUGAACAAUUGAUGCGGGAGAAUGGAAUUGACUAUACUCAGCAUGCCAAUGUUUGGGUCCCUUCUACCUUGACACCAAAGAGCGAGAAGGCUGCUUCGGUGGUCGAUGAAUUGUCUGCUGCAGAGGAAACUGAAUUAUGUCUGUGGUCAAGACUAUGCCCGGAACUCAAGUAUCCGCCAAUGUUAAGCCUGCGUCACAGAGAUGACCCUUAUCUGCACCCCUUACCACCAUUGCAUACCAUGCUCUUCGAUUGUGAAUCAAGAGUUCAUGAGCUUCAUCCUGAGCCAAAGCAGAUUUACUUCCUGUGGCAAAAGUUUGUCGACGCCAUCAAUCCUCUCAUCAAGAUUGUUCAUGUUCCGACACUUCAGAAACGCAUCCUCGACGCCGUAUGGGAUCCCGUCAACAUACCGAAACCUCUGGCGGCACUCAUAUUUGCCAUAUAUACAAUCUCUGUCACGGCCAUGUCGUCUGAAGAAUGCAUGGCGUCCUUCAACCAAGACAGGGGAACCUUACUCACUCGCUAUCGAUCCGGCACUGUUCGCGCUCUAGCCGAGGCCGACUUUCUCUCAACUAGAGAUCUUGAGGUCCUUCAAGCCCUUGUUCUGUUCAUCUUUGCAAAUCCAGAGUCGGAGAUAGCAAGCACCCUAACAGCAUCUGCCAUACGGAUUGGACAAAUCAUGGGCUUGCAUAAAGCAGACUCUGAUACAAAGCUCUCAUUCUUUGAGAAGGAAAUGCGAGUUCGCAUUUGGUGGCAGGUAAAAGGACUCGACUUUCGAGUUCGCGCAUCUUCAACACCUGGAAUGAAAUCAGCAAAAUUCGACUUGGGCGACCAGCGAAUACCUUUCAACAUCAACGAUGCCGACUUACAUCCAGACAUGCUGGAGCCUCAAGUAGAGUACCAAGGGCCUACAGAGAUGCUCUGUGUUUUGAUGAAAUUUGCAACGACUAAAUGGCUCGCUUCGUCUCCCAAAGCAAUAAAAGUCUUUGAAUGUAUGACCCCUGGUUUUUCCAAGGCACAGGUGUCAAUGAAGGUUGAGAACGAGGUCCUUAGCGAGCUCGAGGCCAUUUUUGAGGAAAAGUAUCUCUCAAAACUGGACCGAUGUGUGCCUUUUUACGAUCUUACGUAUGUCAUGGCAAAGCUGGUCCACGCCCGUCUGCGAUUCAAACUUCACCACCCGCGAGGUCGCACAGCUCUCGGCGAGGGAGACGUAUACAUGAGCAAAGAAGAGAGCGAUAUUCUUUUCAACGCCGCGUUAUCUUUUGUUGAACUCGUUCAAGUUGGCUUCAAGAGCAAGUUCUCGUCCCAGCUAUUCACACAUCUGAGCUCCACUUACCAGAUCGACGCAUAUAUACAUGUCAUCAGUGAGCUGCGCAGGCGGUGCUCUGGUCCUAGAAUUGACCUGGCGUGGAAGUUGAUUGACGACCUCUAUGCCGAGCACCCUGAGCUAAUUGAACAUGUUGAGAACUCGCUGUUUUUCGCAUUGGGUAAUCUGACUCUUGAAGCGUGGGAGGCACGGCGCAAGACGGUCGCUGAGUCUGAAAAGACACCGAGGUGUAUUGAAAUGCUUUGGAGUAAGCGAAAUGUUGCGGAUGGAGAUAUCGGGAUGACGAUCCAAGGUGGUACUGGACUUGAGGGAUGGGAGUUUGAUGUUGGAAAUGGGUUUGACUGGAAUUCUUGGAGUGACUUUUUGCGGUUUUGA